UUUUGGAUUCGCGCUGGAAUUUGUUUACAAAUUUAGUUUUAAAACUUUAAAUAUGUCUAAAGAAUCAUCUCCAGAAUCGGAAUUGGAAGCUACAUGUUCUAAAUUUGAUCCGUUGAAAGUGCUUUAUUCGAGUGAAGCGAAGAUUCCAGUAGAGGAUGCGCCGGUAUAUGAAAAUAUACAGCAGUACGAAGCUGCUAUGAAAAACCCUAAUAUUGCUCCUAUUGGUCACGGUGAACUUGUGAAACAGAGGGAAGAAGAGAAAAAGAGAAAGAAAUUAGAGGAACAGCAGUUACUUGAAGAAAAGAAUAAGCAGCGUUUCGCGCAGUACAAAGAUGUGAUGCCGGUAAAAAAAGAGAGGAGAUACGUGAAUGUGCUCUCUCGAUUGGAGACAGCGCGCGGCCCUCUGGGCGCCUUGAAGGACUGUGUGGAUCAACGGUUGAGGGUCAAGGUGGUAACGAGAAGUGCCAAUUCAAUCCGAGGGGCGUUAUUUGCGACCCUAGUGGCCUUCGACAAGCAGUGGAACCUCGCACUCACUGAUGUACUAGAGGUGUGGAAACGGAAGGGCCCUAAGAAGAGGAAAGUGCCUCCUGGUUUAGGUACCCCAGUAGCCAAGGGUACAGCGGCUGCGAUAUCCCCGGUGCCGCUAGUGACGGAGACACCGCUGGGGGGCGGCGUGUGGGAGUGCACCCGCCACGUGCCGCAGUUGAUGGUGCGCGGGGAGCACGUGGUGCUGGUCAAUAUUGUGGAGAGAUAGAG